CCCUGAGUUAAUAAGAUUUUAUUAUAAAAAAGCCUUACAAAUUCGAGCUAUUUCUGAUGAUCAUCUCUUUCUUUUAUUACAUCGAAAAAAAAAAUGUUGUUCAGCUUGAGUUCUUUAGCUUGCUUGCUUUUAGCAGCCAAUGCAGUGAAUGGAAAUAUCAUUAUUCCCGCCAAAAAAAGAUACGGAGAGUUGUCCGGAAAGUUUAUACAUGUGACAGAUUUCCAUCUUGAUCCAUACUAUGUGGAAGGAACCGAUGUCGCCCAUUUUUGUCAUACAAGCAAAGGAGAUACCAAAAAGGGUGUAGCAGGCCGUUUUGGUACACUUGGCUCAAAAUGUGAUUCGCCUACUGCUUUGGUAGAAGCGGCAUUCGAUUUCAUGAGUGCUCAAGCCCCCGAUGCUGAUUUUGUGAUUUAUACAGGGGAUUCAGUGCGACAUGAUCGAGAUAAAAAGCUCAAACGCACUAAGGCACAAGUGUUAGAGAUUCAAAGAACCAUUGUGAACUAUUUUCAAAAAUCUUUCGAUAAAGUGAUCCCUGUACUCGGUAACAACGACGUGAUGAAACACAACCACAUCCAAGAUUAUGACCAGCAAUAUAAUGAAUUUAAAGCUACCUGGGAGCCUUAUAAUCUUGCUCUUGGAGAUGAUUUUGAACAAGGUGGUUUCUAUGUUCAAGAGAUCAUACCAAAAUUGCGUACUAUCAACACAAAUACCUUAUCUUUUACCAAAAAGAACAAACUGAUAUCUGAUUGUGAUGUACCUGGUAGUCCAGGAAGAAACCAGUUGGACUGGCUUAAAAAGUCAUUAGACGAUACCCGGGCUGAUGGAUCCAAGGCCUAUAUUCUGGCCCAUAUUCCUCCUAACAGUAAAAAAGAUAAACAUUUCUUCCGAGACAAAUGUUAUAACGAGUAUUACAGCAUUUUAGGAUCCUAUUCGGACGUAAUUGUUGGUCAUUUUUCCGGGCAUUUCAACUAUGAUCAAUUGACAGCCGUAUUACAGAAUAAGGAGGACGGAACUUACACACGAGUUGCAGCCCUUGGUGCAGAAGAAGUUCCGAUGACAGCUGAAGAACUUGAGAUUUAUAAGGUGGUGGGCGUGCUCUUUAAUGCACCUUCCAUUAUUCCUGAACACAACCCUGCUAUUCGUAUCUAUACCUAUGAAACUGAGGGUUAUCGUUAUCCUGUUGGUACGAUUCUUGAUUGGGACCAAUAUUAUGCUAAUCUCGAGGAAGCCAACCAGAGCGGAAACUUGGAAUUUAAGUUAGAGUAUAAAGCCUCCACAUUGUAUAACGUAGAUCAUUUUGACGCCAGUGGAUUACAAACUGUAUUUGAAGCCAUCUCUUUAAACGAGGAAAUUAGACAACAAUAUAGCAACAUUCGAAAAGUUAUUGGCAACGAAGAAGCAGCAUAUUUAUAA